GCGUAUGUUCCCAUUCCUCAGCUUCAACCUCUCAGGGCUCAACCCCGUGGCCCACUACAGUGUCUGCGUGGAUGUGGUGCUGGGGGACCAGCACCACUGGCGCUACCAGGGCGGCAAGUGGGUGCAGUGUGGCAAAGCCGAGGGCAACAUGCCAGGGAACCGCCUCUACCUGCACCCCGACUCGCCCAACACAGGCGCCCACUGGAUGCGGCAGGAGGUCUCCUUCGGGAAGCUGAAGCUCACCAACAACAAGGGCGCAUCCAACAACGUGGGCCAGAUGAUCGUGCUGCAGUCACUGCACAAGUAUCAGCCCCGGCUGCAUGUGACGGAGGUGAAGGAGGGCGAGGGCGAGGAUGCGUACCCCUCCCCACACACCCACACCUUCACCUUCCCCGAGACACAGUUCAUCGCUGUCACAGCCUACCAGAACGCUGAC